AAACAAACAACCAUGUAUGAAGAUUCCUGGUACGCUUUUGUGCCGGACUCACAUAAGAAGGAUGAUGUGUCUACACAGGGCACCAAGCAUCGACGGAAAGAGUCCUUGUUGAAACAGACAAAUGGAGGAAGCCAAAUACCCGGCUCUUCAGAUCCGAUCAUGGAACUCUUUGAGGAGACUUCCGGACUGAAAGGCCCUCCUCAGGCUACCCUUGCCAGGAGAGCAAAGUCAUACAGUGACUUUUAUGAAGUUGCAAUGGACUACCUCAAAAAAGAAGCCAGGCAUUCAAAACCAGAAGAUGUCCUUGAGACCUUUGAUAGCAAAGUGGGAAAGGUUCCUUUUGCACUGCAGUUCGAAGAGCUUGAGGAUGAUCUCUUGGAUGCAAGUCAAGAGGAGUAUCAACUCUAUCGGGACCAGUUAGGCUUGUCUGAAAGGCAUCUUGACAGUUUGCUCAGCGAUACUACAUCGGCUUUAAAUUUACUGGCGGGCCUUUCCGAGUCGUUCAAGACUGUUGAAUCAGAGACAACAGCGUUCCAAGCUCAGUGCGAAGACUUGCUGGCUGACCAGAAACGUAUCCGUGAUCUGGCAGAUGAAGUUGGGACGGAUCUACAGUACUAUGCGUACCUGGAGCCUUUGACAAGGCGCCUCAAUGCCCCAGGGGCUGGCAGGCUUGUGAGGAGUGACGACUUUUUGGACAUGUUGCUGAACCUAAACACAUGUAUAGAUUUUAUGGACCAACAUCCAAACUAUCGAGACUCAACCGUCUACAAAACUCGAUACACUACACUCCUGGAAAGAGCUCUCAAUCUCAUCCAAAUGGACUUUGCAUCUGCUCUUAAGGAGGUGUCUGAUGAUGUUGCAAAGCAGCUGCGCCUCAAGGUACAUAACGAGACAUCCGAAUACGUCCUGCUCUAUGGCAAGUUUGAGAAGAUACUUGAGGAUCGCGGACCACAGUUGAAGAGGUUCUUGCAAUAUCAAGAAUUUGCAUUUGGGCGUGAACAGGAUACGAAGGAACGACGCUCAUACGUGCAACACUAUCACAACUUGUACAACGAUAUUCUACAGGCAUACCUCAAAAGCCGUGAGCAAGUCCCACCGGUGGUUUUGAAGAAUCUUCGCAAACUGGGAACUGCUGAUUCGAUUUCUGAGGGGGAUUUCGAGGCCCUCGCAAGACGCUCAGUUCAAUAUGUCUUGGACACCUGCCACAACGAGCAGACUCUAAUGUUCAAGUUUUUUCAUGACGGCCCAUUGUUGACAGAGUAUCAUGGCAUGGUAUUCUGGAACAAGACUGCUAAUUAUGCCGAGAGACUCCAUGACAACGCUUUGUCGCACCUAGUCACCCUCAACACGUUCCUUUCAGCGUACUUGGGCCAUGGGAAUCUGCCACGGAUCUGCUAUUUGGUCAACUGGUUGGAAACAACGUACAUAUCUUCUGGCGAUGAGGAGUCAGAUGCGGACCAACCAGCAGACGGUCGAAGGUGGAUAGCUCAGGUUUUGCUCAGCAAGUAUCUUUGGCCAACGAUGGACUUGUUGUUCAUAAAAGCUGCGGGAGAGAUCGAGCAAUUCAAGCCAUCGCAGGAAGACCUCAGAUUUACCACGAAGUAUAUUCCACUUGCGGGAGAGAGGAAGAAAUCCAGCACUGGCCAAACUGCUACUGAAAAGUCCGACGAUCCUAAUCUGCAAGCCCCCACGGCCUUGAACGCCUAUCCUACUGUUCAGACCGCGGUCAAGCUUUUGGUAAUGUACAACGAAGGCUCUUAUGAUAGACCGAGAAGCGGUGACGUCCUCUACGAUAUUGUCCACCAGACGACAGAAUCCCUUCAAAAGGCAGCCACAGUCAUCAAGCGCAACAGCGUCAUUAUGGACGCACAACUUUUCCUCAUCAAGAACCUCAUGCUCAUCGAAAACCUCUUCAUGACGCACGAAAUCCCUGAUUCCGUUCGACAGUCAGCCGAAUUCGACUUCACCCCUAUUUGGGAGACUAUUCAGGAGCUUCAGAACAGGAGACAACUCUUCAAUCCUCUUGCGUACAUCAGGCCUCUCGUGAAGGGUGAACUUCUCCCGGCAGUUGUUGACCGAGUUUUGGAUGCGAGAAAGGAGCUUGAGAAGGUUCUCGUUCAGCAGAUUACCGCAUUCACGAAAAACUGGCAAGCUCGCUUGGCGGAGAAGGAUGACCAGAAGAGGGAGGGCGUUGCCAAGGAGUUGGACGCGAUGCUGAAUAAGGUAUUCGAUGAUGAGACAACUAGGGCUGCAUUGUGGAAGAUGAUCAGAGCUGAAGAAUAAAUUUUCAGCAUUCGCGUUGUGCGAUUUGGCGGAGCAGAGAGAGAGAGAGAAGGCACUGCCAGGGACUUGAGUGCAGUGCUUAACAAGGCCUAUGAUGAAAAGACUCCUAGGCCUGCAUUGCGGAGGAUAAUCAAAGCUGAAGAAUAGUUCUUCACUCUUUAUGUAGUUGCUGGAACGGUCCGGCCUUUGAAAUCCAAAUAUCGUGAAUUAGUUCCCCC